GCAGUGUUUGAUCAAACUUUCCGCCAGCGUCUUUCUGAACUCAUGUGUCCACAACCCGAUCAAGUUUCUCCUGCUGGAUCUUUUCUAACUUGAAUUAAACUUCAAUCCUCAGUGCACCAUCUUUACGCUAUCGCUGUAUAUCUUUCUCAAGAGUUAAUGUCAGUUGAACCUGUCAGGAAAUCUUAACAGGACUAUUAAACACGCUUCAUGGGUGGACGAUUACAUUUUUCUUUUAACGCCCUGGUCCUAAAGGGCUGACCCAUGUGAGGAAGGAGAGCAGAGUUCAAACACGCAGCACGACGCACACACACCUGCAUAAACACGCACACAUGGAAGCCAUGCCAGCUUUCUCCGGCACCUGCGGGUCCAAGGUGGAUCGGGCAUCCCACCGUAAAGCUGAGGGAAAAAAGGAGAACCCUACUGACAGCGACUGCAGCACUGUGCUGGAAAAGACUCAAGAAUUUUUCCAGAUUUGCGACAUUGAGAGCAAGGGCUUCAUCACACGACGGGACAUGCAGAGGCUACACAGAGAGCUGCCAUUGAGUGGUGAAGAGCUUGAGAACGUCUUUGACACUCUGGACACGGAUGGAAAUGGAUAUCUGACAUUUGAUGAGUUCUCCUCCGGCUUCAGUGAGUUCAUGUUUGGUCCAGGUGUGCCGUUGGUCAGUCCACACUCGGCUGUAGAAUCACUAACACAGCAGACUCCAGAAGUGCUCUAUGAGAGCCAAUGGGAGGAAGGUUUCACUGGUGGUGAGGAUGAUGAAGAGAAACAUUUCUGCAUGCUAAUGGAAAACCUGGGGGCCAGUAAAAUCUUUGAAGAUCCAGCAGAGGUGCGGAGCCUGUGGGCCCAACUCAGAAGAGAUGAACCACACCUCCUGUCCAAUUUUGAGGAGUUCCUUGCCAGAGUCACUUAUCAGAUCAAAGAGGCCACCCAGGAGAAAAAUGAAAUGGAGACUGCCCUAAAAAGGAAAGCGGCGACGCAUGAUAGUGAGAUCCAGAGGCUGUAUGAAGAAAUGGAACAGCAGAUUAAAAAUGAAAAAGACAGGAUUCUUCUAGAGGACUCUGAGCGGUUCCUCUCUCGUAGUCAAGACUUGGAACAUCAGCUUUCUGCUAAGGAGGAAGAGUUGGAAAGCCUUUCUAACAAACAGAAAAGGCUGGAGCGUCAGUGUCGAGAGCUGCACAGCGAGCAGCGCGAGACAGCCGUGGAGAACGUGAAGCUGAAGCAGUAUAAUGUGGACCUGAGCCAUGAGCUGGAGCACACGUCUCAAGAGCUCAGCCUGGCCCACGAGCAACUACUGAUGCUUCAGGAACAGUCCUCACGACUACAUGAGGACAGAGACAUGGAGAUUUACAGGGUAACAGAGAGUCUGCAGAGAGAGAGAUCGAGUCUCCUCAAACAGCUUGAUUUACUCAGAGAAAUGAACAAACAUUUACGAGAUGAAAAGGACAUAUGCAAUCAGAAACCCAAGAACUCUAGUGCAAAACUGUCAUGGACGCAAAGAUCUGGAUCAAUUACAAUGAAGUACCCUGAAAGGAAGCUGUCGUUUAAGAGUGAUGGUGAGGAAGAGGUUCCACCCCAUUCCAAAUUGAAGAAUGUGAUGGGUGUAAACGGUCACAUCUUGGAUUUGGAGGACAUUGUAGACGGACGACCUUUACCCAAACACCAGCUAAAGAGGAUCAUCUCCAUCGAAGAGGACCAUCUCCCUCACCUCCUGCAGCAGGGUUAUCAGGCUCAGCUCAGACAAUUGGGCGAAGAUGAGGAGUAUGAAGAGGACAUCGACCUCCAGAUGAACAAUAUCUACCCCACAACCAGCACCCCCACCUCCGUUUCACCCCCUGCAGAAAGCAGAGAUACACCCACACCUACCUCACCCAGAGGGCAACCCGUGGGCAAAGAAACAGUCCAGUCGCAGGAAGGGGCCAGUUCAGGUCCAGAUCGCCUGUUUAAGAUUGUUCUGGUGGGGAAUUCAAGUGUUGGUAAAACGUCUCUUUUACGACGCUUUUGUGACGACAGUUUUCAUCCCGGGACAUGUGCCACUGUAGGGAUUGACUACAGUGUCAAGACGCUGUUGGUGGACAACAGUCAGGUCGCACUGCAGCUGUGGGAUACAGCAGGACAGGAGAGGUAUCGCAGCAUCACCAAGCAGUUUUUCCGCAAGGCUGAUGGCGUGGUAGUCGUGUAUGACAUCACUAAUAUACAGACAUUCACAGCAGUGAGGCAGUGGCUCGCCAAUGUACAGGAGGGAGCGGGUGAGGAAAUUCCCAUCAUGCUCCUGGGGAAUAAGACCGAUCUGGAUGCUCAGAGAGAGAUUCCCCUCGGGAUGGGAGAGAAAUUAGCCAAGGACACCCAGUUGAUUUUUUAUGAGUGUAGUGCUUUUUCUUCCCACAAUGUGAUGGACGCCAUGAUUAAUAUGGCGAGAGUUUUAAAAGAACAAGAGGAUCGUGAGAAAGAGAAAACAGUGUCGCUUGUUGACACUCCUGCAAAGAAGAAGUCUUGCUGUUAGCAGAAAAUACCCACAAACACUCGCAGAUGUCUCUACCCAGCAGUAAGAGUUUGUGUUGACGUUUUUUCUCAUGUAUUUGCGUUUUUUGUACGACCGCUGUGGAGUUAGUCGUUCUUGCAGUGUGAAAAGAAUGGGUUUUAUGAUAAAGGUUAGAGGUAGGGCUUUAAGUGCACUAAGGUUUAUAAAAGUCUCUUUUCAGGUCAUUUAAAUCGUAGACACCCAUCACACUAUUAAGGAACGCCAAGUUUAAUAUUUGUGUGUAAAAAUGGCUGUAAUUUAUCGUUUUAAUAUAAAGGUUCAGGUAAAAUAUUUUUAAGGUGUUUAUUUGAUGCAAAGUAAACUCCAACACUUGCUACUGUAGAUGUGUUUACAGCUCAGUUGUACACACAAAUGAAUUGUAAUUUAUUAUUAGAAUUAUUUCAAAUGGACACUUUCUGAAGAAAGGCUUGUUUCACCUUCCUAAGCAAAAAUAUUUUUACUUCACUGAAGCUAACAGUUGGGGUAUGAGGAUUCAGUUUUAACAGGGUUCACUGUUGUUAACUUUAAGGUACUGAACGAACAAAUAAUCUUUUGAAAUAUAUUAUGACUAAUAUCGAUUACACUGUCUGUUUUUGAUCGUAUUUUUAUGUAUUGUGUCAAAAAAACAAUGUUGUGAACUUUUUCCGCAAACUGUAUUUGCAAUUUCAUGCAACGAGAGUUAAAUGAGUGCAAAUGAACACAAUAGUUGCUGGUGUUCACAUAAAAAUAUUUUUUUAACAGAAGCCAUCAUAUAAAUGUCCAUCAUACAGUGGGUUUAUGCACAUUUGAAAUAUGUGAAACCUCUUCGACUUCUUCCUGGAGGACUGGCAUAUGUUGUGUUUUAUCACUUUGUGAAUUACAAUAUGGGUCUUGAUUUGUAAAGAUGUUCAUUCUCACACCUGUGUUUUGUCACAUUUUCUGUCACUCAUCAGCUACUGUGUGGCCUGUGGGAAGAAUAACACUAGAUUUGAAUAUUGUAUUGAUGUUUUAGAUCAUUGUACAGUCUGUAGUGUUAGUCUUAUUCAUUUGUUUAUUAUGUACAUUUGAAAUAAGAAAUAUAAAGUAUAAAUAUUGAAUAGAAAUGUUUUGAGUAAAAUAUUGAAAUAAAGAGUUCUAUGUUUGCAUUAA